AUGACUGUGGGAAUCUUUGCAAAUUGUACCUUCUAUUUGAAAGUCAAGGACUUACCUCGUCAACUGAAGAAAAAGCUACAAAAUGACAUUAAGGAGAAUGGUGGAAGUUUUUCCUUUUUAUUAAAUCCUCAGUGCACACAUACAAUCUUAGACAAUGCUGCUGUUCUGACCCAGUAUCAACUGAAGUGUAUCCAAAAGAACCAGAUCCAUAUUAUAAACCCAGAUUUUAUAUGGGACUCUAUCAAAGAAAAGAGACUCUUGGACAUAAUGAAUUAUGAUCCUAAUAAGGCAGUGGACAUCAUACCACCUCCUUGUCAAAAGGCAUGCAGUUCUGUUCUGUUUAGUCUAAAAAAUGUUGAAAUUCCUCAUUUUCCACAAGACUUUGAAGUUGCAAAAUAUAACACCUUGGAAAAAAUUGGGGCCAAGGGAGGUAAGGAGGUGGCCGUGGUAGAACUGCAGAGCUGCCAGGACCCUGAAGACCCUGCCUUUCUCAUAUCCACACACUUCCUCCUGGCCAAUGGCCACAAGACUAGAAAGUUCUCUGUGCAGAAAACCUCUGCAGACGCAAGUGAAUACUAUGAAAAUUACAUUGAAGAGCUGAAGAAACAAGGAUUUCUGUUAAGGGAACAUUUUACACCUGAAGCAACCCAAUUAGCAUCCGAAAAACUUCAGGCAGUAGAGGUAAUAAAUGCAAGCGCUCUGAGCAAAGAAGUGAGCGAUUUGGUGGAGAUGGUUUGGGCAGAAGCUCUGGGCUGCCUGGGGCGUCUGCUUCUCAAGCCUGUGAACAGGAUUAGCCUCAAUGACGUGAGUCACAAUGUGAGCAAGGCAGAGGGAGUUCUACUUCUAGUAAAGGCAGCAUUGAAAAAUGGAGAAACAGAAGAACAAUUGCAAAAAAUGAUGACUGAGUUCUACAGAUUAAUACCUCACAAAGGCACAACAACUGAGGAAGUAGACCUGAGACUGUUAGCUAAGAAAGAGGACCUCUGCCAGCUAAUAAGAGACAUGGUUAAUGUCUGUGAAACUAAUUUGUUCAAACCCAGUCCUCCAUCUCUUGCCAAAUACCGAGCUCUGAGAUGCAAAAUUGAGCAUGUUGAGCAGAACACUGAAGAAUUUUUGAGAGUUAGAAAAGAGGUUUUACAGAAUAAUCACAGCCAAGUUCCAGUGGACAUCUUGCAGAUAUUUAGAGUUGGCAAAGUGAAUGAAGCCACAGAGUUUUUGAGCCAGCUUGGCAAUGUAAAGCCCUUACUUCAUGGAUCUCCUGUACAAAGCUUUAUAGGGAUCCUGUCCCGUGGAUUACUUUUACCCAAAGUAGUUGAAGAUCGUGGCACAAAAAGGACAGAUAUUGGAAAUCUUGGGAGUGGAAUAUAUUUCAGUGAUUCACUCAGUACGAGUGUCAAGUACUCCCACUCAGGAGAGAUUGAUGGCAGUAGGCUCUUGGUUGUCUGUGAUGUAGCCCUCGGGAAGUGCAUGGACUUGAAAAAAAGAGACUUCUCCUUGACAGAAGCACCACCAGGUUAUGACAGUGUCCAUGGUGUGCAAACAACAGCCACUGUCACCACAGACUUCGAGGAUGAUGAAUUUGUUGUAUAUAAAACCAAUCAAAUUAAAAUGAAAUAUAUUAUUAAAUUUUGUAUACCUGGAGAUGAAGUAAAGGACUUUCAUCCUUGUAAUACUACUGAAUUAGAGGAAUACAGACCUGAGUUUUCAAAUUCUUCAAACGUUGAAGAUUAUCAGUUAGCAGACACCAAACCUUUCAGCAACAUCAAGUCUGGCCUUCAGGAUUUCUCUGGCAAUUCAGUUCCUCUUGAGAAUGUUCACAUCAAGGGGAAAAUAAUAGACAUCAUAGCCCAGUAUGUGUAUUCUUUUCUUCUUCAGGUCAUUGUUUUUCAGACAUACACAAAUCAAAGUUCUGUGCCCAUUGAGGCAAGAUAUAUUUUUCCUUUGGAUGAUAAGGCAGCUGUGUGUGGUUUUGAAGCAUUCAUCAAUGGGAAGCACAUAGUAGGAGAGGUGAAAGAGAAGGAAGCAGCCCACCGUGAAUACCGGGAAGCCAUCAGUCAAGGCCAUGGCGCUUACUUGAUGGAUCAGGAUACGCCCGAUGUUUUUACUGUUAGUGUUGGAAAUCUACCCCCUAAGGCUAAGGUCCUUAUUAAAAUUACCUAUAUCACAGAACUUAGCAUCCAAGGCAGCAAGGCUGUCUUCUUCAUGCCUGCCACUGUGGCACCUUGGCAACAGGACAAAGUUUUGAAUGAAAACAUUCAGGAUACAGUAGAGAAGAUUUCUAUAAAGAAAAUAGGAACAAAGCAAAGCUUCUCUUUGAGUAUGUCCAUUGAGAUGCCAUACAUGAUUGAAUCCAUUUCUAGUGAUACACAUGAACUCAGACAAAAGAGGACAGACUGCAAAGCUGUAAUUAGCACCGUGGAAGGUAGCUCCUUAGACAGUGAUGGAUUCACUCUUCAUGUUGGUUUGUCUGACGCAUAUCUCCCAAGAAUGUGGGUUGAAAAACAUCCAGAAAAGGAAAGCGAGGCCUGCAUGCUUAUUUUUCAACCAAAUCUCAAUAUCACACUCCCUGACCUAACCAAGAACAAUGAAGUGAUUAUUUGUCUUGAUUGCUCCAAUUCCAUGGAGGGUGCAACAUUCUUACAAGCCAAGCAAAUUGCUUUAUAUGCACUGUCCUUGAUGGGUAAGAAGCAAAAGAUAAACAUUGUCAAGUUUGGCACAGAUUACACGGAAUUAUUUUCAUAUCCUAAGUACAUCGCAAGCAAUAAUAUGCUCACCGAAUUCAUUAUGUCUGCUACACCUACUAUGGGAAAUACAGACUUCUGGAAAACGCUCCGAUAUUUAAAUUUACUGUACCCUUCUCAAGGCUUACGGAGCAUUCUCCUGAUAUCUGAUGGGCACCUCCAGAAUGAGAGUCUGACAUUGCAGCUUGUAAAAAGAAAUGUCCAGCACACCAGGCUGUUCUCCUGUGGCAUCGGUUCUACAGCAAAUCGUCAUAUGUUAAGGACUUUGUCCCAGUACGGUGCCGGAGUGUUUGAGUAUUUUAACUCAAAAUCCAAACAUAGUUGGAAAAAACAGAUAGAAGACCAAAUGACUAGGUUACAUUCCCCAAGUUGCCACUCUGUCUCCAUCAAAUGGCAGCUACUAAGUACAGAUGCACCUGAGCCUCUGCAGGCCCCUGCCCAUGUGCAGUCCUUGUUCCACAAUGAUCGACUCCUUGUCUAUGGAUUUGUUCCUCAUUGUACACAGGCAACUUUAUGUGCAUUAAUUCAAGAGAAAGAAUUUUCUACAAUAGUAUCAACUACUGAACUUCAGAAGACAACUGGAACUAUGAUCCACAAACUGACAGCACAAGGUCUAAUCCGAGAUUAUGAAGAUGGCAUUCUCCAUGAAAAUGAAACGAAUCAUGAGAUGAAGAAGCAAAUCUUAAAAUCUCUGAUUAUUAAACUCAGUAAAGAAAACUCUCUCAUAACACAAUUUACAAGCUUCGUGGCAGUUGAGAAAAGGGAUGGUAAGGAGUCACCUUUUCUUGAUAUUCCAAAUAUUUCGGAACUUAUUGCCAAAGAAGAUAUAGAUUUUCUGCCAUACAUAGGCUGGCAGGAAGAGCAACUGGAAGACAGUGUGGCACAGCCUUUUUCAGCAUUCUUUGAAUGGAAAGAAAAACUGCCACAACCACAUUUGACGAACAGAAAGUUUAAAUUAUCUCGGCUGGAAUAUUAUGAAGAUUUGGAUGUUUUGGAAGAUUUUGGUUCCCAACUAUCAGAAAAACCUUUAAUAGUCAAUAUUGAACAUGGAGAUGUGGAAAAGCCAUUGGACACCAGAAUUUCUGAGUCAUUUAAACUACCAAUUUGUGAAGCUGCCCCUUUCCUAAAACCGGCUGGUUAUAGCAUUUCUGCUGCCCAUAGUUCAGCCUGUUUGGAAGUUCAGCCCUUUUUUGGUACUAGUUUCCUUCAUCCUCCCCACCUAUGUCAUAAAAAGGCUCAUUUUGCUUGUCCUAAGAGUCUCAAACAGUUUGGUCCAUCUAAGAAUGACCAAGACCUUCAAAUUGACUUUUUGGGUGACUUUACCCCUGAGUCACGUACCCCUUCCAGACCACCUUCCCCACGUUUUGGAUCCUCUGCUUUUUCUUCUCUUUUAGGUGCCUCAUUUAAAUCCAGAGAGGUUAAUCUACCUGAAACUUCUCAAAGCCAUAAGACCGACAAUUCUGGUAGCAUUUCCCAUGAGUUGGACUCUCUUCUGCAGCCAAAUAUUUUUUUGUCUCUUCCUAAAAGAGUUUCUUCUGCUAGUCCAUCCAGAGGGUUUGACGUUCAUUACCAUUCUGAUUCUCCUCUUUAUUUUCAAAAUUCUGUAGUUCCUUUGAGCACCAGUUACAAGCCACCAAUAGAUCUGUUUGCUAACACUGAAUUGGAGUCUUCUUCCACAGAUCUUUCUGCCAGAAUUUCAUCACCUUCAAGUUAUGAAUGUUUUUUUGCAACAGAAAAUAAUGAAACACCAGAAUUUCUGACAAGUAGUUGUUUUCAAAAAGCGGCAAAAUUUGAUAUAAGAGGAAGUAACUUUACUGCAAGCUUUCAGUCACAAAAAGAUGAACAAAGCUGGAUGAAUUUUGUGCCUUGGACUGAACUCUUCAGUCUACAAACUGAGGAUGGCUUCUGGAAGCUUACACCAGAACUAGGAUUUAUAUUAAAUCUUAAUAUAAAUAUUUUAAACAGCUUUCUUGAACAAAAAGGCAUUAGAUCUCUGGGUAUAAAAGGAAGAGAGCGUCUCCUGGACCUGAUUGCCACAUUUCUGGUGCUACAGUUUCUUCGCACCACAUUGGAACAUAAGGGAAUAGUCUUCAAAUCAUUGAUGAAGUUGGAUGAUGCUUCCAUUUCCAGAACUAUCCCCUGGGCUUUUGAAGAAAUAAAGAAAGCAAGUGAAUGGGUAAGAAGAACUGAAGGACAAUAUCCAUCUAUCUGCCAACGGCUUGAGUUGGGUCAAGACUGGGACUCUGCCACUAAACAGCUAUUGGGGCACCACUUCUCUUUACAGACUUCUUAAUUACAGUCAAGGCUGAAUCAACUGAAGUUGUUUUUUAAACAUUACUCAUGCUUCCAUGUACAAAAUAAUCAGAUAUCUAUAGAUACCUAUAAUGAAGUUUAAUUAUGAUUUUAUUCAGUAUAGCACUCACUUUAAAAUAAACAGAAACAGGGGUGCCUGGGUGGCUCAGUCAGUUAAGUGUCUGCCUUCAGCUCAGGUCAUGAUCCCAGGAUUCUGGAAUAGAGCCCCUACAUCAGGCUUCCUGCUCAGCAGGGAAUCUGCUUCUCCCUCUCCCUCUCCUGCCACCUCGUACUCUCUCUCCUCUUGCUCACUCUAUCUCAAAUAUAAAAUCUUUUUAAAAAGUAAAAAAUAAAAUAACUGAUUAAUGAACUAAGAAGUGAUAAUAAAAUUAAUAUUACAACAUUACAGAUUUUUUGUGUUUAAAAGUUUUAAGGUGAUAAGAGACACAUCUGGCUGGUCCUGGAACCUCAUUUCCUUCUCCUCUUUAAAGACUCUAGUAGAGAAUGGCCCAGCUGGAUUUAGUAAGCUGGACAGAAACAAGGUCUUGGCUGAUGUCAGUGUUCCUGGCGUGCAAGCCUGUUUCCUGGGUCCUGAGUCUCCAGACCUUUGCCCUUGUAUGCAUGCUCCCUGGUGUGGUUCCUAAACUAUAGAUCCCUUGAUACAUUUUUUGUCACUUAGAAAAGCUAGGUAUCCUAAGUAAUUCUUUCAUGGAUCUAUCUAAAACCCUAAAGUCCUCUAGAUUUCCUCCUAUGUUAUCUUGUAGAAGUUUUAUAAAUUUUGCAUUUUAUUUAUUUUUUUUAAAUUUUGCAUUUUACAUUUUGGUUUAUGAUCCAUUUUAUUUUUCAUGAAAGCUGUAAGGUCACUUUCCACCUUCCUCCACACUACCACUUCUAGAUUACCUCUCUAUCUUUAUGUAAAAAAAAACCCUGGUUUCAUUGAGAUUCAUUCUUUUGGCUGUCCUCCAAUCUGUCCUCAUUGCUGUCAUUUGCCAUGUGCCCAGUUCCUACCCUCAUUCACAUGGUUCAGGAUUUCCCUUUCUACUGCCAGUCCUGCCUUCAUCUUGAGUGACUUCCAUUAACCUGCCGUGUGACCCUCCUAAUUCCCUGGACUAGAACCACAGCUAUAAUUGAGGGUUGGCAGAAUGCCUUGUGAUGCACUCAGAGGAUGGGAAGUUUGUGAGGAAUUACUGUGAGGCCUUCUCCAUCUGACUGUCAACCUGGGAGGUAGACGUAAGACUAUUUCUCAUCACCUCCCAGUUCUGAAGCGAUGUAAAGCUCAGGAGACAGUUGGAGACUAAAAAUCCUAGCUGUAUUAAGAAUUGACUCCUCAGCAAUGAGGUGUCCCACAACACACAUCAAAAUUAUCUAGCUCCUUUGGGAUGUGGGACAAGGACCAAGGGGAGCUGGCAUCUUUGACUACUCUUUCUCUUGCUGUUUAUGUAAGUAAUAAACCAUCUAAAUCUAAAA